AUGGGCUCACUUGCACCGGCUUCGUGGGAACUCAAGGCCGACAAGCUAAGGAAGAUCCUCGAAGACUCUCUCAACCCGAAAUGGCUCUUGGCCCCGGAAGACCUGCCUCCCCCAAGCCAGCUGAACAUCUCCAAGUUCAUUGACACAUGCAAGCUAUUGACCCCACGGGAGCAGGAGAUCACAGCAUGCAACGGCACCGAGCUAGUCAGCCAGAUGGCCGCUGGCAAGCUUACCGCCGUUGAGACAGUGACGGCCUUCCUCAAGCGCGCUCAUGUGGCUCAUCAGCUGACCAACUUCGCGACCGAGUUCCUGGUCGAUGACGCGUUAGCUACUGCUGCGAAGCUUGAUGCUCAAUUUAAGGAGACUGGAAAGAUUGUUGGGCCGCUACACGGUCUGCCAAUAUCCAUCAAAGAGCAUAUCGGACUCAAAGGCAAAAUUGUGCAUUCGGCCUACGUGGCUUGGGCUGACAACAUUGCCCAAGAAGACGCUCUAGUCCUUCGGCUGGCUGCUAAGGCUGGGGCUGUCUUCCAUGUCCGCACAAACGUGCCGCAGAGUUGCAUGCACCUCGACUGCAGCAAUCCCAUCUACGGCACAACGGUCAACCCCUACAAUCGCAACCUCACAUCGGGCGGCUCCAGCGGUGGCGAAGGAGCGUGCCUCGGGCUCCGUGGCUCUGUCUUGGGACUCGGAACCGAUAUCGGGGGUUCUGUGCGUGGGCCAGCGGCCUUCUGCGGCUGCUAUGGCCUUCGCACGACGGCUCUGCGCAAUCCUUACAAGGGUAUCUGCCUACCAGGCCUAGGCCAAGAGAGCAUCAAGUGUAUCUUAGGCCCGUUGGCGAACAGCAUUUCCGACAUUCAGCUUUUCGAAGAUAUUGUCCUCAACCAAGAGCCUUGGGACGAAGAAACAGCUUUGGUUCCUUUGCCUUGGAAGAAGAUGGAGCCGUACCAGCCAGGUCAGUUCACCAAUGGUCCAUCCCCACCCCCAGUCAUCCGUGGCCUCAAGCACGCCAUCGACAAGCUCAAGACAGCUGGGGUGAAAGUCGUAGACUUUGAGCCGUACAAGCACAGUGAAGGCGCGGAGAUAAUUGAGCUUCUUUACUUCCCAGACGCGGCUGAGACACAGAAGGAAGUCCUUGCACAAGGAGGCGAGCCAGUAGCACCAUUAACGGAGUGGGCGUUCCAAUACUCAAAGCCGGAGCCGCUCACCAUCAGAGAAAACUGGGAACUGAAUCUACGAAGAGAAGCUUUCCGUGAAGAGUAUCACAAGACGAUGAAAGAUCGCGGCGUCGAUUUCAUCCUGUGCCCCGCCUAUGUAGGUGUUGCUGCGAAAUGUGGCACACCUCAAUACUGGCAUUACACGACAAUUUGGAAUAUCCUUGACCAGCCAAGCAUUACCUUCCCGACUGGUCUUCAUGUCGAUCCUGCUGUUGACGUGGUUGAUAAAGACUACAAGCCACGCUCAGACACCGACGAGAGAGAGUAUAAGAAAUGCAGAAAGCGUAGAGUGAAAUGCAGCGAGGAAAAGCCGACAUGUCGAAACUGCGUUGCUUCAAGUCGCGGGUGUUUAUGGCCAUCUUCCAACGACAUGUACGACAGACGUCAUCGCUCUCGUCGAUCUUGCUCCGAUGAUAGGACCCUGCCAUCGCCGUCUCCACGCAGCGAAGACUCCAUCAUCGCUUUGGAGCUAAGAGAGUCACCGGAUCUCGAACAGGAGCUUACUCACCACUAUUUCAACGUUUUUCUCUCAGUACUGUUACUCCCCACAGUCAGGGAGAGUGACUUGGAAGGCUAUGGGUCGCAGGUGAUGAGUAUGAUGCAUCGCUCGGAAAGCGUCAAGUGCGCCGUCCUGGCUGCAUGCGCCUCCAAUAAGUACAUGCUUCUGAGGUCAAGGAAGUAUCAUGACGCGGGAUUGGGUUACUAUUUCCGCGCCGUGGAACUGGUCAACCGAGCUCUUCAUGACUUGGGUGCAACCGCCAAGGGCCCGGACGAUCCCCUACUGACCACUGUUGUAUAUCUCUACUUAUAUGAUAUGUGGGGGCCGCCCGACGAGACUCUGGACGCAAGAAAGCAUGUCGACGGCGCCAUGAAUCUGCUUAAGCUCCGAUAUGAGGACACUGGCUCACCCAUGUCGAUGUCGCGCCCAUUACAUCGAAUCAAUACCGAGAGCGUGCUUUAUCAAGCAUUUCUGCUUGCAAUGAGAAAGCCAUUCGCGCCCAACUUCCAUGUGGAUGAACAGUUCCUAGAUCGAUCUGAACAUGUCCUGAACGCAAGGAAGCUCAUCGACAUAUUAUCCGAAGAUGAUAGCCCUGUAUUAGGCUUACCAUUGCCACUGUACCGUCUGAUAAUAGACCUCAUUGACUUUCUCAACUCACCCAAGCAUCCCACUGAGGCUUUCCUUACCCAGAUGAGAGAAGAGAUUGAUACAUGGGAAGGCUUUGUCUUGGUCGAAGAUACAGCAGCCAAGUGCCCUCCGUCCAUGACAAGCUUUCACAAAGAUGCUGCAACACUUUUUGUUUUAGGCGCGUCACUACUGCUAGACUACAUCUCGGAGUCCUCUUCUUCUAUGUCCUCGUCAGCGACUCAGGACCCAAACAUUUCUCACGUCAGCUGGAGCCCACCGCAAGAGAUAUCAAACGUUCCUAGGUGGCAAGUGCAACGUGCAUUUGAGAUUCUUCGCCGACCAGCUGCGUACGAAACUUGGACUCGAUGCUUCUUGGGAGCUUGGCCGAUGUUGAUCCUGGGGUACUCCGUUACCUCAUCCGAGGACAUCUCACUGAUUCGACGUGUUUUGAAGCAGAUGGUAGAGCGCAUGGGGUACGGAGAGAUUCAAAGGAUCCUCGACGACCUGGAAGCAGUAUGGACUAUGUGCAACAAGAAUGGACGACGAGUAAUCUCAGGCACUUCCGCGGCCACUCAAUGA